AUGACUUCCCCUGCUGACUUUAUAGAUGUCAUCAGCAUUGACAAGACCGGAGACAAUUUCCACCUGAUCUAUUACACCAAGGGUCACUUUGCUGUUCAUCAUAUCACACCUGGGGAGGCUAAGUACAAGUUGUGCCAAGUGAGAAGGAUCUCUGUGAGGAAUCCCUCAUCCGGUGACUCAUGGUGCUCUUGCAGCAUCCACUACCCUGAUUCCCUCAUCAAGGAGAUUGAUUUGGAGACUGACAAGAUUGCAGUUUUCAUCAAGUUUGACACUGGUAACCUGUGUAUGGUGACUGGAGAUGCUAAUCUGGGAGGAAUCAAUGUGAUCACCAACAGAGAAAGACAUCCUGGGUGUUUUGAGGUGGUUCAUGUAAAAGAUGCCAAUGGCAACAGCUUUGCCACCCAGCUUUCCAACAUUUUUGUUAUGGGCAAAGGUAACAAACGGUGA